GUCGCGGGAGCAGUCCAAACUCCCAAGUCCAGAGCCACCGAGUUGUUGAGUGCGACGGGAGGAGUCCAGUCCCAUCGGCGGCGUUAGCUUGACCGGAUUCUCCUCUGUCCGGCGACCGGAGUUGGGCACGACGAUGGCGUGGCUCGCGGCGGCGGUGGAGCGCCUCGUGGCGGCGGUGGACUGGGAGCGCGAGGCCUACCCGGCGUACGAUGACUUCCUCGCGCUCCCCCUCUUCGCCCUCUUCUUCCCGACCGCCCGCUUCCUCCUCGAUCGCUUCGUCUUCGAGGCGACCCAAUCAUUUGCUUGUUGGGUUAACCUGGCCUUCGCUUUAGCUGUUCCCUGGAAUGACUGUGGGGGGAAGAGAGUUGCCAGGAAACUUAUGUUUGGGAAUGCACAUGAGAAGCCUGAUCAUAAAGCAGAGCAAACGAAAAAGAGGAUACGGAAAUUCAAGGAAUCGGCUUGGAAGUGCAUUUAUUUCCUAUCUGGAGAGGUUUUGUCUUUGUUGGUCACGUAUAAUGAGCCUUGGUUCACAAACACCAAGUAUUUUUGGGUGGGACCUGGCGAACAGGUUUGGCCGGAUCAAAAGACAAAAUUGAAACUUAAGGCUGUCUAUAUGUAUGCUGCUGGAUUCUACACAUAUUCAAUAUUCGCACUUAUGUUCUGGGAAACAAGGCGUGCAGAUUUUGGUGUCUCAAUGUCGCAUCAUGUCGCAACUGUUGUGCUGAUAAUUUUAUCCUAUGUAUUCAGGUUUGCUAGAGUCGGUGCAAUUGUACUGGCAAUUCAUGAUGCAAGCGAUGUGUUUUUAGAAAUUGGGAAGAUGUCCAAGUAUAGCAAUUGUGAUUGGCUUGCAAAUGUUGCAUUUCUUCUUUUUGUUGUUUCAUGGGUUCUUCUCCGCCUCACAUAUUUUCCGUUCUGGAUUCUCAGAAGUACAAGCUAUGAAGUUCUGUUGACUCUGGAUAAGAAGAAGCACAAUUUUGACGGGCCAAUAUAUUACUAUGUGUUCAAUUCCCUUUUGUUUUCACUACUUGUUCUUCACAUAUAUUGGUGGGUUCUAAUAUAUCGGAUGCUUGUGAGACAAAUUAAGACAAGAAAUGUUGGAGAUGAUGUUCGAUCUGACUCUGAAGACGAAGACGAGCAUGAAGAUUGACUGUUGUUGUGAUGGUAUAAAGGAACCUUAACACAUUUGUUACAGCUUAAUUAUGUAUUGUUUUCCUGCAUUGUGGGAAUAUAAGAAUAUGUGGAGAUUGCUGUAGGAUCAUGUAUGCACGACAUCAUGCAGUUCACCCCUUAGCUGUUAAUUACAGUCAUUUUUUUUGGGGAAAAGCAGGCAAUAUUUUUUGGCUGCUCACUCUGUAGAAAGACUAUACAGUCAUUUAUGUACCAGCAAGGAAAAUGUACCAGCAAUUGAAGUGUUAGUUCCAAUCUAGAAAGACUGAUUACAUUCAAUUAUGUAAGUUUAAUUGAAUUUUCAGUUCCAAUCC